UGUGGGCGGCAGGGUCCAGAAGGGGCACAGCCACUACCCAGAGCACAGCAGGCAGCUGAGCAGCGCCAGUGUGCCAGGCAGCAGCCCAGGGAAGAGAUGGGCCUGGCCACAGAGCACGGGGGGCCCUACUCUCGGGCCGGGACCAGCUCUCACGGCUGCUGGUAUUACUUGCGCUACUUCUUCCUCUUCGUCUCACUCAUCCAGUUCCUCAUCAUCCUGGGCCUGGUCCUCUUCAUGGUCUACGGCAACGUGCACGUGAGCACCGAGUCCAACCUGCAGGACGCCGAGCGCCGGACUGACGGCCUGUACAGCCAGGUCGUGGGGCUCACAGCCAUCCAGGCCAACCUGUCCAAGGAGCUCAACCUCACCACCCGCGCCAAGGAUGCCAUCAUGCAGAUGCUGCUGAGCGCCCGCCGGGACCUGGACCGGAUCAAUGCCAGCUUCCGCCAGUGCCAGGCUGACCGGGUGGUCUACGUGAACAACCAGAGGUACAUGGCUGCCAUUAUCCUGAAUGAGAAACAAUGCCAAGAACAACUCAAGGAGGCUAGCAAGAGCUACAACACCUCGCUCCUCCUGCUGAACCAGAAGGCCAAGAUGCUAGAGAUGGAGCUGGCCAAGGAGAAAGCUCUAUGCACCAAAGACAAGGAAGGCCUGGGGCUGAGCAAGAGGCUGGUGGAGGAACAGCUGGCCGAGUGCAGCAAGGCCCAGGAGCAGCUGCGGCAGGAGCGACAGCUGGCCGUGGAUCGACUGCAGAAGGUGCAGGCCCUCUGUCUCCCACUGGAAAAGGACAGGUUUGAGACGGACCUGCGCAACCUCUGGAAGGACUCUGUUAUCCCGCGCUCCCUCGAGGGGCUGGGCUACCAUGCCCUUGGCUUGGAUUUGACCACCAUACGGAGAACCUGCGAUCACAUGCCUGCCCUCAUGAGCACUAAAGUGGACGAGCUGGCGCGGAGCCUGCGGGCUGGCAUCGAGCGUGUGGCCCGCGAGAACUCAGACCUCCAGCGCCAGAAGCUGGAGGUCGAGCAGAGCCUGCAUGCCAGUCAGGGGGCCAAGGAGAAGGCAGAAAGGGAAGCCCAGGCCCGGGAGGCCAAGCUCCAGGCCGAGUGUGCCAAGCAGACCCAGCUGGCGCUGGAGGACAAGGCGGCACUGCGGAAGGAGAGAGACAGCCUGGCCAAGGAGCUGGAGGAGAGGAAGCAGGAGAUCAUGCAGCUGAAGAUGCAGCUCGAUGUCAGAAACUCGGCCCUGGACACCUGCAUAAAGGCCAAGUCACAGAUGGGGCCUGUGCCGAGACCUAUUGGACCUGUCCCCAACCCCCCGCCCAUUGACCCAGCUGGCCUGGAGGAAUUCAAGAAGAGGAUCCUGGAGUCCCAGCAGCUCUCUGCAGGCAAUGCAGCCCCAUCCAGUGGCUGAGCAGGCUCCAGGCCCCAAGGACCGAGGGGUGGCCCAGAUUCCCCGCUCUGCAGACCUGUUGCAGCGAGACGCCCACGGCGCGGGACACAGCAAGGGCUGCAGUCAGGCGACCUCCAUGCACACGCACCAUAGUGGGCACCCUUGGCCACACUCACCUCCCCACCCAGGCCCCAGUACUCUCAUAGCCCACCCCUGCACCACACGGUCCCUCACCCACAGGUGCCACGAUGACAGCCCACGGAGACACGGUAAUGAUGUCACACAGACAUGUGACAUGACACACACGUCUGUCAAACCCUUGCCCAGUGUCUCAGCCCUGCACACACACAGCCCUGCACACACACUCAGCCCUGCACACACGCAGCCCUUCGCCCUCCCCCUCAACCUCCUGAUUCCCUUAUCUCCCGACUUCCUCACCCGCAGCCCUUCAGGCCUGGCGAAGUGAGAACAGGAAGACAUUCACCUCCAUCCCCAGGAGAAUUUCCAGACCCUCCUUGCACUCCAGGGAACAUCUGGUCCAAGGGCGAAUUAGCCCGCUGGCCCCGUCAUGGCCGGCAAGAGCACAGCUCCUUCGCUCCCUCUCCCCCCACACCUUGCCUGUGGUCCCUAGGAAAUGUUAGUGGCACUAAAUAAAUGUUAUCAGUCCCUUCAAAGA